UUAGAAUUUUAACCUUGUCAGCUUCCAGCAAGCAUACCCACCUGCUUCCUGUCUGCUCUUUCAGAAUGAAAGCUCCUGCUCAACCUGCUGUACUGGAAACAUCUGUCUCCUCCUUUUCAAACAUGUAGAAGAGCACGAGUCUGUCCAAUCAGAGCAGCUCAGUGAGUUUAUAAUGUGCAGCAGUGGCUUCAGAGCCUGAGUCACAGGCACAGAGUUUUACUUUGGAGGGCCCUGCCUGAUUUCCUGUGUGGUUGAGAUGAAAUUCACAUUCAAUGUCACAUUACUGCCUGCUACACACACACGUUAGUCAUUAACGGGGGGGUCAACAUGUGGAAGCAGCUCCUCCAAUCAGAGCGCAGCAUGUGAUUAACACGGUAACCACAAGUAUGUCAGAGGGAGGAAACUAACCACAUGACCUGAAAUCUGUGGACACGCCAAUGGGUUCAAUGAGUUCCCAGUGCUGAACUUUCUAAGAAGAAUGUGGAGGUCAGAGGUCAGCACACAGAUGGCUGCAGGAGGAGGAAACAAACGCGUCUGCGGUUCAUUUCAAACAUAACGAGGAGCUCGGUGUCCACCAGAGGAUCACCCCACAUCUCAGCCACACAUGGCGCCGUUGGACCCUCAGUUUGUCCCGGCUGUCACAGUGUAGGGUCUGGAUGAUGUCACAGAGAGCGGGUCCCCUGAUGCAACAUUCAGUUUGGUACAGUGGGCAGACACGCUAACGUGUUCGCACAUUUAACUAAAGAAGCCACCUUAAGACAUGUUCUGCCAGUCUCAGCCCUUAUAUGGUCGUCUCAGGCACAGAAGCUCCGCCCCUCAGCUGACUGUCUUCAGGCUUUGGCUGGCAUCAUUGUCCUCUGUUAGAAUGAGCAUGGCUCUGCUUGGCUCACCUUCUCUGUGUACGUUCUUCCUUUAGCAUCAUUCAGUCUCUGUCCUGUGCUGAUCACGUUCAGUGGGACGACUGGAUAAGCGCUCCACUCUGUGUCUGUUUAACUGUCCGGCACUACGUCCCAGUAAGACCGAGGCCGUGCUUACCUGUGAACUAGCAUCAGUCAGAGUUCAUGUCGUCUGGUUCACAUAUUACAUCUGCAGCAGGGCUCGGUGUCACAGAAAGAAGCAUUAUUUUGAACUGUGACUCAUGCUAAGCUGCUCUCAGAGUCCAACAGUAAGAAUGGAAAUAAGGGAGCUGUGUGUCAUGUGUUGGUUCAGACUGAGCGUGCUCAGAGCGUGAGCUGCAAUCACACUUCAGUCCUGAGGUGGCACUGUGACCGCCUCCAGCCGGUAAAGCCGAUCAGAUCAGCGCUCUCUCUCUCUGAGCCAGAGUCUCUCGCUCAUCCCGGCAGCAGAUGGUCUCUCUCUCUUGCCCUCGCCCGCCCUCUUGCUCGCCCACUGGCAGAUGGUCUCUCUCUCUCUGAGGAUGACAGAACGUGCCAGGCGCCGUCGAGCAGAGAGGCAAUAAAGUUUACAGUGAUUUGAAUUUAGAAUUUUUGAAUGUUGGCGGCCGACAGGAUGAUGCUGAAUGAUCGGUGGACCAUCAUGAACAACAGCAGCUCAGAGCUCGACAGCAAGCGGCCAAACAAGCACAAGAAGGUGUGCAGCUUCCUGUUAUGGUCUGGUGGCACCUUGGUCAUCAUCGCAGUCAUUGUUGCAGCAACAGUUGCCAUCUUGUACCUGAACCACUAUCCUCUACCCUUCAUCAGCAGGGGGGAAGUGUCCUCAUCUGUAGUUUCAACCAAUCCCAAAGAGUCUGGGCCCCUGGUGACAGUGUCACGUGUUGCAGACGGAGAGCCAAUCAGCAUCUUCCUGGACCCAAACUGUCCGGACUUUAGUGAGCACUUCCUCCGAUGGGAGGUGCUGCAGAGCUCGCUGCUACGGGCGCUGACCAAUUACAAUGCAGAUGAUUGGCAGGACCACGGAUUUGUCCAGAAGCUGGAGGAGGAGCUAAAGGUGUUAUUAGGCCACACCCACAACCUGAGAGUGGAAGCUGAUUCGCUGAAAAGAGGCCAAGGUGUUCUGGACCAACGAUUGGACAGACUGCAGAGUGAACAGAGCCGCAUCGUCAAGGUGAUGUCUGACAAUCACUCAGGUGUGUUGAAGUUGGUGGCAGGUUUCAGUGAUUCUCUGCUCAGCCUGCAGAGGGAGACAGAUAGUCUGAGGAGCCUGAAGAGUGAGCUGAGCAAAGACAGCACUCUCACAGCUGUCAGACCCAGGGACUGCAGCGACAUCCUGAAAUCUGGUGUCUCUCAGGAUGGCGUUUACUCCGUGUUUCCAACCCACGACCCCAAUGGCUUCAUGGUUUACUGCGACAUGAGCACAGAUGGAGGAGGCUGGAUGGUGAUUCAGAGGAGGGAGGACGGCUCGGUGAACUUCUUCAGAGGAUGGGAGGCUUACAGGGACGGAUUUGGGACAACGACUGGAGAGCACUGGCUUGGUCUGCAGAGGAUCUACUCGCUCACCAGGUCAGGUGGUUCCGAGCUGCGUAUCGACAUGGCAGACUUCGAUAAUGCCACAGCGUUCGCUCAGUACUCUGAAUUCUCCGUUGGUCGAGACUCCGUGAACCCCGAGGAGGACGGAUACCCGCUGACUGUGGACGGAUACUCCGGGACUGCAGGUGACUCCCUCCUCAAGCACUCGGGGAUGCGGUUCACCACCAAAGACCGCGACCAGGACCAAUCAGAGAACAACUGUGCGGCGUACUACCAGGGGGCGUGGUGGUACCGGAACUGCCACACCUCCAACUUGAAUGGGCAGUACCUGAGAGGAGGCCACGCCUCCUACGCUGACGGUGUGGAGUGGUCCAGCUGGACUGGUUGGCAGUACUCGCUUCGCUUCACGGAGAUGAAGAUCCGACCCAGACCGGAGUCCUGAACCUGGGCCGACAGCUCAUGAUUGGUUGUGACUGUAGAUGGUUAGAGUCUGUAUGAAACUCCACCUCCAUAAGUAUAAUUGUAAAUGAUGGUAGACAGAGCGUUGAUGUGUUACUUACCUUUUUUUGUUUCAUCAAUAAACUCAUUUGACAAGACGA